AUGCUCAAAUUGUCUGUGGGAGGAGUAGAAUUAGAAAUGUUGAUAGAUUCUGGGGCCACCAACAACAUCGUUGAUGAAUGUACAUGGGAAGAUCUGAAAGCUAAGAAGAUCAAGUGUAAAUCUCAAGCCGCUCCUGUCGACAGAAAAUUGUAUGCCUAUGCAUCCAGCAAUCCCCUCCCAGUAAAAGGUCGUUUCACGUGUGAAGUACUAGUGGGUAAAGGAAGAGUCCAGACCGAAUUCCUAGUAAUUAGAGGAAAGGGAAUACCUCUCCUGAGCAAAGACACCGCAAUGAGGCUAGGGGUGCUGAAGAUAGGUGUUGACAUCUCCACAAUCGCUGAAAGCAAAUAG